AAAUAUUAAAACUUUUUGAUAUGUGGCAGAUAGCAGGGAUCGAUUUAGGUUGAACUUUAUGUCUGAGUUAGUUAUCCUGUUUGAACUGUAUUGUCAAAGAUUGUUAUAUUAAUGACAAUUUUGUAAAAAAAAAAUUCAAAAUCUAUAUAAAGGAAGAAACCUGUAACUGAUUAAAUGCCAUAAAAUGUGAUUUUUAAAUACCUUGGUAAUUUCCUGACAUCAUCUGGGUACCACCUGGGCCUGCAAGGCCCAUGACCUCAUAGAAAUUUUACACUGUAUAAAGUCAAAACAAACAGGCAUGUUUGGCAAACAUGGUCUGCUAUGGUCUUUUAUUUAAUAAAGAUCCCUACACUAUGCUGAAAAAUAUUUGAUGUAAUAUUUAGAACAAUUCCUGACAAGUUUCAACCAGUCUUUGCCAGUUAAUGAUUAAAAUAGAGUGACAAAAAAUGAAUGUCAGAUUAUAUAUUUUGAUAAAAUUAGUAGCAACAGCUUGUCUGAACUGAAAAUACAUGUACAGUUGAAACUCGUUGUCUGAAAUUCUGGCUGUCUCGCAGACAUUUUCAAGUCCCAUCCCAAAAACACAUGCACAAAAUAUCAUUUAAGUUGAAUUUCAGUUAUCUAGAAGUAAAAUGCUUCAUCCCUUGGAAUUCAAGAUACUGUGUUUCAACUAUAUCACAAAGCCUACUUAGGACAAAGUUAGAACUAUAUAAGGUGUAAAGUGUUUCACGAAGAUUCAUUAUAACUAUUCGGCUAUUCUUAGAAUAUGAGUCAAAUAUAAAUGACAUAGCUUUGUCUUAAAAUUGAAUUAAUGACACCUUUUUAAAACCAUCCUUUGAAAUAAAUGUGUUUUUAAAGUUCAUACUAAAUGGAAGAGAACUUAGGAUAAACUUAUGAACUUUUAUGAAAUGGGGCCCCAGACCUUCAAUGUCUGUUAUCAGACCUGAAAUCUUCAGAAAACAUAAAUUGCUAGUUUUCAACAACAAACAUAUCAGGGUUUUUUUCCGCUGAUAUUAUAUCUAUUGUGAAAUAAAAUUUAAUAUGAAAGAAAACCAUAUUUUCACUAUAAGCGCAUUGUGUUUUCAAGUUGAAAGAGAUGUGAAUUAUGUGCUCAAAAGUAAAAGAAAUUUUAGCGAUGGUAGGAUAAUAUAUGUGUUUUCAUGGAUAAUUUUAUAUAUACAAACAAUGUACUGACUAACAUCUUGGCAAAUUAUUCCUAGAGUUAUGGCUCUUCUUAUUUUAUUUUAUGAACUCUUACUGUAGAACACAUUGAUAUAGCUUAAACAAAAAAAAAGACUGCAUUGUUUAAGUUGAGAUAAUUAUUUAUGUAUAUACUUGUGAAGCGUAGAUUCAGACCCCAGUACCCCUUUAAAAAAGCUAGAAGUGUUAUAGUUCUACAUUAAAUGUCAUCUGGAGGUUAGAUCAGGUAGAUUAUCAGAAAUAAUUGAAACUCUACCUUUAAACAUCAUCUUAUUCAAAUGAGACGAAGUAGAGUGGAAGAUGACUGAUGGAAUGUGGGUAAUUAUGGACUUGUUGAUAAGUGUCUGUCGCGGAGUCAUCUGAUGGGGGCAGGUGUAUGCAACAAACAAAGACUCCCGCCAAGCCCUACUGUCACCGUUAUUGACUUAUUAUUCACUUGGUCAUUUGCAUUUAAUGGAGUUGUAAAGUAAUGUGGCUAAAUUGUGCAAGUUGUUAAGUGAAUCAGUUUCGUACACAAUUGACAAAGACUUGCUGCAAUUGGAUACAUUGGUUCAUGGACAGUAUGAGUGCAUUCUUAGGACAUUGUGAAUUAUAAAGGAAUUAACUCAAAACUGAACAUAGUAUGGAUGUAGGUUCCCAAAGGGCCACAACCUUAUCCGACCAUCUACGUCAUGCUGCCAGUAAGGGAAAUAUUGAGGAUAUUGUGCAGUGCCUUCAGGCUGGUGCCACAUUUGAGUCAGAUCAGGAUGGUAGAACAGCUUUACAUUAUGCAGCACUGAAUGGCUUUACAGAUGUUACGAAGUUCCUGCUAGAGAAAGGUUGUGAAAUCAAUGUUCAAGAUGCUAGUGGUUAUACAGCACUACACAGAGCAGCAUCUCAGGGUCAUGUAGAAGUUAUAACUGCCCUGCUGGAGAGAGGAUGUGAUGUCAACACACAGGACGAGCAUGGUAAUGCAGCUAUACAUGAGGCAGCCUGGAAUGGAUUCAGUAAGACGAUAGAACUGCUGGUAAAGUUCAAUGUGAAUGUCUCUAUAGUAAAUAAGGCUGGUUUUACAGCACUACACCUGUCUGCCCAGAAUGGACACAACGAGAGUUCCAGGGUUCUGCUGUAUGCUGGCUGUAACAGUGAUAUUAGAAACAAUUAUGGUGAUACAACGCUCCACACAGCAGCAAGGUACGGGCAUGCUGGAGUUACAAGAAUCCUCAUUAGUGCUAGGGCAAAAAUAAAUGAACAAAAUAAGAAUGGAGAUACUGCUUUACACAUUGCAGCAGCUUUAAAAAGACGGAAGAUCGCCAAGCUGCUUGUUGAGUCCGGAUCAGAUGUUUCUAUAAGAAAUAAGCAAAAUGAAAAUGCUGUGGAUGUAGCAAGAAGAAAGGAUCAUGGAGAAAUCAUCGUCAUUAUACAAGCUUACUCAAGGCCUGCAAAACAACCAGUUAAGGAGGUGAAUUUCAAACCAGAAGUACAGCAUUUUGAAGGUCCUGUUGUCGUUCCGGAUAUGGACAUUCCUGAAAAGCCUGACACCAAAGCAGACAGGGGCAAACGAUUUCUCUUCUUUAAGAAAAGAAAACCAAAGGAGAAAACCCCACCUCACAGAGGAGUUGUACCCCAGCAUAAUGUUCCUGGACACAAAUGCCAUGUCCAUACUGCGCCGGUACAAGGUUUCUUCAGUAAAUAUGUGCCAAGAGAGGGAGUCCAAUAUUACAGGGAUCUUGCCGGAAAUGUUAAACAGGGACCAGUUGGCUACACUCCGACAUGUAACUGUCUUCCAGCUAUACACCGCCUAGAAAAACAGGUCCACGACACACAGGAUCAUGUUUAUGGUCAGAUACAGUCUACAAAUCGUGUCAUGCAGGAACAGAUAAAUCAAGUCGAUCACAGGUCAACGAUGCGUCUUCAAGCUUUGGAGAAAUAUACUCAGGAUCGGUUUGUUGAGGAAGAGAACUUGUGUCGGCAAAGGCUUAAUGAACGAUAUAAUGAACAUGACAAUUAUUAUAUGCCUAAUGAUGAUCAUAUGAAAUCACAGAUUCAGAACUGGUUAGAACAGAAGUUGGAAGGUUAUGGACAUUGCCUUCAUCAUCAUCAUGAUGACUCAGCACUUCCGAACGAAAAUAUUUUCUCUGAAGUUCAUGAAACUGCCAAUGGACGUUUGUUUAAAUCGCGCUCAGAUGAAACAUUAUCACAGUCAGAUAAUCAUAGUGGACGCUUUAGAAAACGAGAAUUUUAUGAAUCUAGGCAACAGGCUAUGCAGCAGAUUCGAGCUUGGCAGGUACCAAGCUAUAGUAAGGAUAGAAGUAGGGUGAAAGUGCUAGAAAAACAAGGACAAACAAAACGAUCUCAGAGUAGACCGGACUUAAAUAAAGUGACAGAACAAAGACAUUAUCCAGUUGAACCUAGAAUUCAAGUCAGAAACAGACCCCAGUCACAAAGUGUUGAAAGAACAGUUAACAAACCUGAAGAUAACACCUAUAUGACGAUGACAGGUACUCAAAAUAGUGGUGCUAUAGGGAAACAUUCCACUCUCCCCCAACCUCAGGUGUAUCCUAGUGCGAGAAAAGGGUCAGGGACACGUGGCCCUAUGGGACACAGUACACCAAAGUCACGAGAAUCUAGUCCUUACGCUUCUCACAGUGGAAUAGUACGUAGUCAGACUGACAGUGGUAUUAACAACAAUGUGUCAAAUAAUUCACUACAACAGACUUUUGGAAGGGUGGAGUCUUCAGCUGAAUCGAAAAGACAAAUGUCAAUAAGUGAAAAAAAUCUGAGUGAUAGAUCGUAUAUGUUUUCGAAUCAACAACAAACUCCAGUAUCUAGUGUGCAUAAACCAGAGACCAGUUCAGUAAGAGUUAAUUCCCCUUACAGAAAUUCUACAAGCAGUGAUAACUUCUUGUCCAGUGUUCCAAAGCCAACAUUUUCUACAUUUGGAUAUGAGGAUGGACAGGAUAGUAGAAACAUUCCAGCAUUUAGUCCUGAACAAAACAGUGCUGAACAUACUGAUCAGGGACAAUGUGAAAUGCCAAGUUCUAGUACACCUAGGUCAAAUCAUUCCGGGAAAGAGGAGCAAGUUAGUAAGUCAUUUUUAGCUCCUGAUUCAUUUUCCCGCCAAAACUCUCAAGGCUCGUAUGGUUUCACACCAAGAAAUCAUGACGAUAUGUAUGUUGAAAUGAAACAUUUAACUCCAAGAUUACACCAGCGUGCAAGAUCUUCUGAAGGAAUACUUGAAACAGACAUUGAUCAUGUAAAUCUCAGUCGUAGCCAAAGUGAAGAACGAACACUUGAAUUGCGGGACACUUCAUACACUCCAAACACAGUCAGAUCUGCUGAGACCAGAAAUCUACAAAGUAACAUUUCGCACAGUCCAAUUGCAAAAUCUGUUUCUAAGCAGCAGACAGGAAUUUUGUCACCUCGACAGCAAAACUCAUUUUCAAAUGGCUCAUCUCAUCCUGUAUAUAGCAGUUCACCCUACACAGUACAAAGUGGAACAGUCCGUUCAACCCCUGGACCACCAACGUUACCUAAACCUAGUGUUCAGUCAUCGUCUUACCCAUAUUCAACUGUGCGAGAAGUGAAACGUGUUAGUGAUGUGAGAUAUAAUGGAAAUACAAGUGGUGCUAAUAAAAACAUUAACGGAAAUGUUAUGGAAAACGCAUAUAGUACAGUGAGGGAUGUCCAGACACAAAAUAUUAGUAAUCGUAACAUAACAGUUGCAGCAGAUGUACAUAGUCCGUCUGACAUUUACAACAGUCAUCCUGUGAUAAACAAUACAAGCGGUAACUCUAAACAAAACCAGCUAGAACCUAGAUCAAAAACUGCUUAUCAGACUUACCUUACUGAGAACCCAAACUUUUCAAACGAGAAUUUAUGCCACAGAGAAAACUCUCCAAACAUUUGUAACAAUAGUAAAGAGGACUCUAGUAGUAACCCUGACUCUGGUUACAGCAGUAAAAUAUACGGCAAUCGGGCUAAUUCGGCAACUCCAGCAAGUUUAGGUAGUACACCAUCAUCAUCUUUCAGUACAGAUCGUGGUGUCCAUAGUAACACAAAUUCUCCACAAAGUCAGUAUUCUAAUACAGAUUACGAGUGUUUGCCAAAGAGACAGUAUGAGGACGAGGUUCAAAAUCAUGUGCAAAGUUGGUAUCAGCGCAAAAUUCAGGAAACUACUCAAAAAGUAUAUGAUAACUGGAGGUCUGAAAGGUCACCAGGCAAGGUCACACCACAACAACAACAAAAUGGUGGACAGAGACUUCCUGUCAGGUAUUAUGGGAACAGUGACUAUGCUAAAAUUGAUUACAGUGUUGUAAAUGCGCGACAGCAAAAUGGGCAAACAGGAAUUCCAAGUUAUACUCCAUCUGGGCAGACAAGUCAUAUGGUUUCAACUUUUGUGGUUCAUGGCAGUGAUGUAUAAUUCUGAAUAACAUGUAUUAUUUUCUUCAUGGAUACUGUUAAGCUUUAGUAAUCAUAUGAAUUUAUAUAAUAUUCUUUCAGUAAAAACCCAUAUGACUCAUGCAAUAUAUUAUUUAAGAUUACCAUCUUGUAUGUAUGAAG